AUGUCAGAUCUGGGCGGCGGUGCUGGGAGAGCAACCAAUGGCGGCGCAAGAACAGGAGGACCAGUGCCUGUCUCAGGCGGGACACCAGUAGGCAUUCGCACACCUCGCGAUGUCAUGAGAGAUAGAAAUGCUCGUGAAGCACGGCGGCAGCAAGAGGCGCAACGAGAGGAGGAGUUGAGGCUACGGCAGGCUGAAGAGAGGAGAAAGAGCGCAGAGCGGAGGGCCCCAACUGUAGCUGGCGGAGUCCCACGGUUCAGCGGCGCAUCCGCACAGUACAACCAAGACGUGACAGCACCUCCAGGAGGAUUUGAUGGAGGCGAUGAUCGACGUCAAUCGCGAAUACCUGGAGAAGUUGCUGGAACAAAUGCUUCGGCUGGCGAAGCGGCGCGUAAUACGACGUCGUCUUUUCCGCAUGCUUUUGAACGAUGGGAGACGUUAUCGUCACAUUGGGAAGGUUUGACCUCCUACUGGCUGCACAAAUUGGAGCAGAAUACUGAGGAGAUCCGAGAGGCUGUCCCAAAUGCAUCGACGUUGAAUCGACAGAUCACCGACUUGUCUGCCGCUGGGGCGAAUUUGUUCCACGCUGUUGUGGAGCUGCAGCGAUUACGUGCGAGUAGUGAGCGCAAAUUUCAGCGAUGGUUCUUUGAGACCCGUGCAGACAACGAGCGGAGUCGUGAGCAGCAAGCGAACUUGGAGAAAGCGUUGAACGAGGAGCGAGCAUCACGAGAUGCAAUCAUUCGAUCACAGUCGGACAAUUCUGCUACGAUUGAAAAUGCCAAGCGGGAAGUCAGCGAGAUGAGGAGGGAAUUGAUGAUCUCCAAGGAUGAAGCGCGACGAGCAUGGGAGGAGCUGGGGAGGAGAAACCAGGAAUCUCUGGAUACCGCACAGAGCUUAAAGGAAGGGAGAGUCACAAUCGUGAGCGGUGUCCAAGUCGUACCGUACUUCGCCCACCCAAGCCGGACUGGGAGUGCGAGUCUAGCCGGACGACCUGCAACAAGAGACGGGCAACAAGGAUACAGCACUGGUGGUAUGACUUCCAUGGGAGGCGACGAGCGGGAGUACUACCGCGAUCAGACGGUAUCUCCUACGCAGACUGAUCCAUUCACCGACAGUGGACGCCAACGGCAACCACCGCUGCACCACGAGCCAGGCGUAACGGCACUGGGUGAGACUGUCCACCAACCCUACUCUACUGGAGCAGGAGCGUCGUCAGCAAGCCAACAUCUUCAAAACACUCCUGAUCAGCGCGCUCAUGGGGCAUCGAUCACAAUUCCCGUCUCCGCAACAGAAGCGCAGCAAUUCUACCAUCAACCGCAGACCUCCACACAUGACCUCCCCGGCUCCAACCCAGCUCAGAGCGCUCACCGUUCGCAUUCCACCUACGACGACGACUACAGCGAAAACCCCACAGAAUACAUCAUCGACUCGGCAGGCACCUUCCAACGCGACGCCCAAGGUCGUCCAAUCGUCUACCAAGGCCCUGCUCACCAACGCUCGCACCAACAACAGCAACAACACCAGCCCGUCUCCCCCGAGGAAAGCGAAGACGACUUCGACACGGAAGCCGAUGUUCGCCGCGAACAGGAACAUGCUGCGAGAUAUGGAGCGGGGAGUAAUACACAGUCUAUGAUACCUCCGCCGGAAGCGCCUAGUGUGCCGGCCACGAGUGCGCAGGCUAUGCAGGGGUAUGAAGCUACGGCUGGGGCUGGGGAGGAGGAGGAGGAGGAUGGAGAGAGACCGGAUUAUGAGGGCGAGGGGUUCGAGGGCUAUCAGCAGUAUGUUCCGCGGCAUCAUCAUCCGACGAGAUUGAGUGAUGUUUUGGAGGAGGAGGAGGAGAGGAGUAGUCGGAGGACUGGAGGGGAUUGA